CAAUUUCAGUGUCUUUUAGCCUACACUGUGCUUGUUUGUCGAAGCAAACCAGGGAAGAAAGGAAGAAAGUUGAAGUUUUUGAAGGGGUUGCUGUUGAGGAGAGUAAUGGGGUUUUCGAGUUGGGGAAUGAUUUGUGCUGGUCUGCUGCUGGUUUUGGUGGCGCCAUUCUGUGCCUCCUUGACUGACCCUUUUGAUGUUAUGGCAGUAAAUGGCUUAUAUUUGUCUUUAGGAUCCCCACCUCUCACUGGGUGGGUUCCUGCUGGAGGAGAUCCUUGUGGGGAAGGAUGGCAAGGUGUUAACUGUGUCUUCUCGAACAUAACUGAACUACGACUAAAUGGCGUGAACCUGGGAGGGUUUUUGGAUGAUAGCAUUGCAAACUUUGAAUCCGUCAUGGUAUUGGAUCUGAGCAACAAUCACAUUGGAGGUAGUAUUCCAUCAAACUUGCCCCCUACACUCAGGAACUUUUCACUUUCAGGCAAUCAGUUUAGUGGGAGCAUCCCUGAUUUGUCAAUGUUAAGUCAACUGUUAGAUUUGUCACUGAAUGAUAAUCAUCUAAGUGAUGGGAUACCAGAUUCCUUUCAACAGCUUACCAGUUUGAUAAAUUUGGAUCUGUCAGAAAAUAAUUUGAGUGGUCAGCUGCCACCCUCAUUUGGGAACAUGACAUCUCUGACUGUGCUGCACUUGCAGAAGAACAAACUUUCUGGGAAGCUUGAUGUGCUACAGGAUCUUCCCCUAUUUGACUUGAAUGUAGAGAACAAUCUAUUCUCGGGUCCUAUACCUCCAAAGUUGCUAAAUAUUCCAAAUUUCAGAAAAGAUGGAAACCCUUUCAAUACUACCAUCCUUGCACCCCCACCAGCUGCACUACCUCCAUUUGUAGCUGGGGCUCCUUCCUUGUCUCCUUCCCCUGGACAAGGAUAUGGAGGGCUGGCAAGUGGACCUUGGAUGCUAGAGCCACCCCUGUCAGAAAAAGCAAGAAAAUUUUGGACAAAUGAGAGGCUUACUUGGGUUGCUGUUUCUGGAGUUCUAGCUCUUGCUGUGUUAGGAGCAUGCCUUUUGCUGUGGAGAUGCUCUAAAGGUAGACAUCCUAAUGAAGUCAAUGAGAAGCAUGGUAUAAAUCAAUUUCAGGGAGCUAGAGGGAAGCUUAGUCACAGCAAUAAAUCUGCAUUUCAAUCUACUGUUAAAAUGGAGAAGGUUCCAAAAGAGGCAGUUGUGAAAAUGAAAGGUGAAUAUGGAAUAGACAGUGGAAGAAUGGCCGCAAAUCCUAAGAUGCAGGAUGAGCAAGUGAUAGAUGUUAUGAAAAUGCCUACAAAUUUAAGGAGCAAAAAAGAUCACAAUAUCGACAUGAAUUCUAUGGCCCUGCAAUCAACAGUUCCUGCUCUACCUUUACCUCCCGUUGAGGGUGUUAUUGUAAACCCAGUUGUCCCAGCAUUAACAAGUAGGGAUGGUCUUGUUUCCACAAGUCAGAACUCCACAUUUCCCACAAGUGUGUUCACCAUUGCAUCACUUCAGCAGUACACAAAUAGCUUUUCUGAAGAAAACUUAAUUGGAGAAGGCAUGCUUGGUUGUGUUUAUAAAGCUGAGCUUCCAGAUGGAAAGCUACUUGCUAUCAAGAAAUUGGAUAGUAAAGUUUCUGGGUGGUGGAAUGAAGAGGAAUUUGUUGAACUGGUUUCUAGUAUCUCAAAACUUAAACAUCCUAAUAUUUUGGAGCUCAUGGGUUGCUGUAAUGAGCAUGCCCAACGGCUGCUUGUGUACAAGUAUUGCAGACAUGGGUCACUUUAUGAUGCACUGCAUGUUGAUGAUGAGGUGCACGGAAAACUUUUGUGGGAUGCACGUGUCCGGGUGGCGCUGGGAGCUGCUAGAGCCUUACAGUAUCUGCAUGAGGUGUGCCAGCCACCCAUCAUGCAUAGGAAUUUGAAGUCUUCAAAUGUUCUUCUUGAUGACAAGUUUGCAGCCCAUAUCUCAGACUGUGUUUUGGUUCCUUUAUCCAGUUCUGCUGAUCAGUUAGCAGGAAGCCUCAUAUCUUCUGGUUAUGGAGCCCCAGAACUCCAGUUGGGUAGUUAUACUUGCCAGAGUGAUGUCUAUAGCCUUGGAAUUGUAAUGUUAGAACUCCUCACUGGGCGAAAGCCAUUUGACAGAUCACGGGCUCGAGGGGAGCAAUCUCUUGUUGGAUGGGCAAUUCCUAGGCUUCAUGAUAUAGAUGCAUUAUCUAAGAUGGUUGAUGCUUCUCUAGAUGGAGCAUAUCCAGUAAAGUCACUAUCACGCUUUGCAGAUAUAAUAUCUCGAUGUGUUCAGUGGGAGCCAGGAUUCCGACCACCAGUAUCUGAAAUUGUCCAGGAUCUUUUACGCAUGAUUUAGAGCAGAUCCUUAUGAACCGGAUUAUACACAAGUGCUGAGCCAAGAAAGAUGCUUGAGUGACCACAAGGUCAAAAUUUUCAAUUUGAUUCCUGUUAUUGUAUAUCUAAUAAUAACCUCUCAAAGGUAAAAUCAUACUGCAAAAUUCUUUUAGGCCUCUCCUACAUUACUUUCUUCUUCUUUUUUUUUAAAACCGGGGGGGAGGGGGAAGUGUUGAAGUGUUGAUGAAGUUGUUUCGUAAUUGUCCCUUGUGAAUACAGCUUGCUAAUGUAAUUAUUAGAUUUCUAAACUUGAUUCUAUCAUUCUGAAUUUAAAAAAGAAAAAAAAAAAAGAAAAAAAGAAAAAGGGAAAAAGGGAAAAAACAGAUUCUUAGCUUUGAAGGGUGAUGAUAUUGAUUUGUUAAUGUUAAUGUUGUUUUGUUGGUGUUACAUGUCGGACUCUGCCAAGGCAAUCAAAUAAUUUCUUGUUU